CGGGACCGGGACCGGGAUCGGGACGGAGCCCGGGCGUCCAGGCUCUAGACUUCCUGUUGCGGAGGCCGGCUGACUCUGGGCCCGCCCCAGGUGGUACCAUGAGUAGUUGGAGGAGGGUGCCCGUGUGGACUCUGGGAAGAUUCAGCACCUGGAUCGGGCCGCGGGGAAGACCCCCUCCCUGUCGCCCUUGGCCUUCCCUAGGCCACGGCAUCUGCUCCUCUAGCCAUCAGCCGAAUGCAUGCACAUCCCCAGCACCCUUCCCCGGCCUCCCCCGGGGAUCACCACUGAGGGCCAUGGCCACGUCACCCCUGUGCCCAACCCUGGGGUCCAUAAGGCUCAAGAGUAACAAGAGCUCCAGAAAGGCCAGGAACAGGACUCUGCAGCAACAGGAGGAAGAGGAAGAUGAAGAUUCCGCUGAAGAGGGAGAGUGGAGCGAGCAGGACCAGCUGGACGAAGACCCCCGUGUGACCAAGGACUACAAGGACCUGGACAAGGUGGUGCCGUCCCUCCGUUACGAUGCCAUCUUGAAGGCGGGCUUAGACAUUGCAAGGAACAAAGUGGAAGAUGCGUUCUACAAAGGUGAACUCAGGCUGAAUGGAGAGAAGUUGUGGAAGAAAAGCAGAACGGUGAAGGUCGGAGACACCCUGGACCUCCUGGUUGGAGACGGAAAAGACUCUGAAAAUGAGAUCAUCAUGCGGGUGGUUCUGAGAGAGGUGCUGGAGGAGAAGACCGAAACGGAGAAGCACAGGGUGGUCCUGCGGCGCUGGAAACAUCUCAAGCUGCCCAAGAUACCCACGCCCCAGUGACUGGGGCUCUCCAGAUGCGGGAGCUCUUGCCCAUGGCUGGUUACGGGCAGGAGGGAGGUAUGCUGGCUUGCCAACCGGAAAACUUUUCUCGAAAAGACAAUUCCUGUGGAUACUGGGCAGGCUGGGAGAGAUUCCCGUGGAUCUGUUACUGUCCAUGGUCACUUGGUCUGUGCUAGGGUCAACUGCCCCAUGAGGCCGCAGAACACCUAAAUGUCUGGGUCAUUACCCAAAGAAGCAGCUGUGGCCAGCUGGAGGGAGGGAGGAAGGAAGGAGGAGUGGAGUGAGGCAGGCCAGAGUACUCUUACCUGGGUUGUCUGUUGUCUUCCCUAUUGACUAUCUGCUUCUUGGCUAAUGGAAAAAUAAAAGCUGGCCUUGUAGUGCCUUAAA